AUGCUCAUGCACACAUUGUGCUGGGCCCACACGUACUUUUUCGGCCUUUCAAGCGGGUACAACGGAGGGAGCACACCCACUCGCUCCUCCUGCGAUUGCCCUAACUGUCAGGAGCUGGAGAGGCUGGGAGCCUCCGCUGCCUCUCUGAGGAAGAAGCCGGUCCACAGCUGCCACAUCCCGGGCUGCGGGAAGGUGUACGGCAAGGCCUCUCACCUCAAAGCCCACCUGCGCUGGCACACCGGCGAACGGCCCUUUGUUUGCAACUGGCUCUUCUGCGGGAAGCGCUUCACCCGCUCGGACGAACUGGAGCGGCACGUGCGCACCCACACGAGGGAGAAGAAGUUCACCUGCCCCCUGUGCAACAAACGGUUCACGCGUAGCGACCACCUGUCCAAGCACCAGAAGACUCACGCAGAUUCCGCCAUGCAGGGAAAAGGCGUAGCCGUGGAGGGGGAAACGGAUCCUCGGGGCGAGGAGGCCGCGGAGCUCAACGCCGGCGCCGUACCCACCAAUCCUGACCAGAUAACCAACGGGGAGGAGAAGGCCGGCACGCCAAACGGAGUGGAGAACAGCAGUGGACUGUUGGAGAUCUGACUUCAUUAAAUGUUCAGCUCAAAUAAUAAUAAUAAUAAAAAAUUGUUGUGUUUGAAAGGCAUCAAAUAAGAUUAAAAAAAGAAAAAAAAACGACGAGAGACUGAAGAUGUUGCCAGUAGCAACUGCUUCAUUACCUAUGGAUCACACACACACGUACAUAGCACACACACACAUGCAAACAAGGUGCACACAGCACGAGCGAACCUGCAGAAGUAUAUAUAAUAGUGCACAAAUGUAUGCAGGCACACACAAACAUGACCGACCAGGCCCGGACGUACGUGAACGCAAAUACAUCACGCGUGUCGCCUGGACACAUACAUAUACAUGCAUACAGAGAUAACUAUGAGCAAAUGUGCAGGCGUAUGUAAUGCACGCAAACACCUAAUGGUAAACAUGCUCAUGCACACAUUGUGCUGGGCCCACACGUACUUUUUCGGCCUUUCAAGUGAGACAAACCACUGGGGAAAUUGAACCUGCGAACGCAGAGGAGAGGAGAGCCUCCAAAAGGGAAGCAGCUUUAAGAGGAGACGCGGGGUCAGGAAGCUGGAGCUGACGGAGAGUCGU